GCCAUACCGAUUACCAUUUAUUUGCAGCAAAAAAAAUCCAAAGUCGAAUUCGCACAUCAAUGCCUCUGCGUGGUCGUCGUGACACGCUCUCGGGGUCUGUGAUCCAGUCCCCGCUCCUCUGCAAGAACGGCAGAGCACGCGAUGGCGUCUAUGGGGACAACGCCGGCUAGUCGUUGUUGGUUACCGGCACGGUAAGUGGACUAACGACAUGCCGGAAGACCGGAUUUCGGAGUUGAAGCGGCAGCACUUGAGCCCAGUGCGUUUCGGCCUAGACGAUGGUGCUGCGGCAUCUGAACAAUCGGCAUCCCUGCCCGUUGGCAUCGUCGCUCCGCGGCAACUUUUUGCCGGUGAUGGAAGCUCAGCGCAGGAAUCAUCGCAGCCAGUUGACGUGGCUCCGCAGUCGGGAAUGCUCGAGAAGAAAUCGGGUGCCGGCCGCUUGGGUGGCGACAAGCAGGGGCCUAUAUCGUCGGUAGAAAGAACGCAAGGGAGCAAGACUGGUCCGACACCGACAUCAGGCAGCACUGGCGACCUGAGUAGAAGAGCCGGCAAACAAGAAAAAGCGAAGAGAAAUCAAGGCGACCGGAAGAUGAAGAACGGAGCCGCAGAAGCUACGCAGGGGCAGAACGCACCAUUUUCAUCACAUUUGUAUCAGAAAUCCACGACGGUGUUUCUGAAGAGUCUCUCUCACGUGUUUCUCGGCCUCGAACCUUCGAACAGUAGCGAUGCGACGGCGGGACCGACGCUCCUCUCCCGGCCGUCAGGCAAAAAUCGACAAGCGUCUAAAACCUUUUCAAAAGGCAGCGUGCAGCGGCAACGGACAGGAUGUUCGCAGAACGAAGUUGUAGAUGAUUGUACCGCCUCGUAUGAGCGCAUUAUCUGCAUUGCUUUGCCGCAUGAGGACUCGAUCCAGGUGAACAAGCAAACUUUGAUGGCCACGCUAACGAACAGCCUCGGGCUGCAAAACAGAGCGCACUACUACAGCUGCAGUCCGGAAAAAGUGGCGAGUUUGUACACAAAAGUGUUCACCCAGCCGGACCUGUAUCAGUGCAGCCGGGAGAAAGCGGCGCUGGUUUCGUUUGAGCGGGGCGUUUUCGUCUACGCCUGGGAACGCAUGCGGAAGCACUUUUUGACGCUCCUGCGGCAAGAAGUGGAGGAGGAAAAAGCAGAAGAAUAUGCAAGAGAACUGCAACGGGAAUCGCCGAAAAAAUUCGCGGGAAAACCUUCCGCUAAUCCGGCGCUGAAAAGAAGCGAAGCAGACAAGCAGCAAAAAUACGUUCUCGACCCCGAGGAGCUGGAGGACCUUACUACGGUCGCCAACAGCCGCGCGCUGCUCUACGUGCUUCGGAAGGCCCUCGUCUGGAACCUGGAAAAGAUCGGAUUCAAGGUGGAAACGGUGCGAGUGGACGUGGAGCGCAUGUAUUUGUUGCUUAGCUACGUGACUGGAACCACGGGGCAAGCGAGCUGCACGGGAUCUACGAUUAUCGGUGACACAAAUUCAUCUGCCACUUCCGAGCCGAUCCUUUUCAAAGAAGCGCAGCGGCAGGGGCAGAUUGCCGCGCUCGACCCGCGGAUUGUGGAUAUCGAGGCGUUCGAGCCCUGUCACCCGCGGACCUUCUACUCGCUGGCGUAUGUGAUGAGCCGUCCGUGGCAGCGGAACUACCUGAACAUCGGCGUGAAACUCCAGGAGGUGGUCUCGAAGUGGGAGAAAGAGGAGGCGGAUGUUCGGAAGACAACCCGUUUAUUGGAGAAAGGACGACAACUCUCAACCGCAUCGCUGCAAAGUUGUACAACUCGAACCAGCUUUCAACUUGCUCGCGCACGAGCGGCGCUGACGUACUACCAGCGAGAGCUGGAAAAGGCACAGACCGUGGAUUCCGUGGAUUCGGUCAUUUCCGCACUGUACGACGAUGAGCUGUCGAAAUCGCUCCGGAAUCUCACUCGCAGGUUUUUCGGCGACGCGCUGCGCGGAGUGGACAUGUCCAUCGAUUACGGAAAUGGAGCUGACGUGGAGACAUCAAGUUUGAAUUUAUCUCCAGGGAAGAUGUCAUCUGCUGCCUCGCGCCGGCGUCAUGAAGCUGCAAAUCCAAAUUCUGCAACCAAACGAAGACAAAUCGGGUCAGCCUGUUCUCCAGCGCAGAACAGGGCGGAACUGAGCGAAGUUUGGAUCGAUUCGAUUAUUCCAGACGAAGAGCCGAGCAUGCUCUCCCGAACGGCUUUUUCCCCGUCAGACCACACACCGGGAGGUGCUAAAGGGAAGCCGCGCACGUCGACGGCGUCGUCGAACAGGAAUCGCAACAAAGCCGGAGGGCAGAACAUGAAUAAUCAGCUCCGCUCCACCGCAGGACAUCUUUUUUCCUCCCCGGUCGAGAUGGCAAAAUCCACCGCGAGGGGUUUGUUGCACCGAGCGGAAAACGCCAUCGCGAAGACGGGAAACGUCAUCGAAGAGUUCGGGAACGACAUGUUUGCCGUGGGACUGGACGACAUACUGAUCCAGGACCCCUCAGAACCUAGAAACUCACCGGAGAUUCUUGGUGCGGACGGAGAUUCUGUUGAACAGCACGGUGGCAAAGAAGUCACAAACCCAGCGCUGCGAAAUCGCGACAGUCCGAAUCGGGUUGUGACUGCAGGCAGAAACAACAAUGAAAUUCUCAAUGGAAUAAACCGGCAGGGCAGAAUCUCCUCGUCCUCGACUGCAACUGACAGGAGCACGCGAAGAAGGAUAUCCGCACAGGAGCAACAGCCUUCAGCUGCGAUGAGAAUCAAAGAGGCUGUUUUUCUUCCGAUGCAGUGGGUCAAGAAAAUGAGCUGUAAGUGGAUCUUUGCGCCAACAGGAAAGAUUUUGCAAAAGUCCACCGGGGGCUUGGGCGAAAAAGCGAAAAGGCUACUGGAGAACGCCGGCGUGCUGGAGAGACGUGUGAUUCUUCGCCAGCACUCCACCCAGUCGGUCAGUGGGUCAGUUAGUGGAUCCGUUUGCGGUGCUAAUGUUGCUGGAGGCGGUGUGAUGAAAACAGCGUAUAAGUCCAUUUACGACAAGGCAUACGAACUCUACCUUGACUUAAGAAAGGACGACGCUAGCAGCGAUCCUAGCGGGAUCUUGGCAAAAGUCAACCGGAAGUACGCAGCCGCCUUCGCGAUGGAAACCACCGGGAAGGCGAUUUCCGCCGUCGACCAGGCGGGUCGAAAUCAGGCACAGGAGAAGGACAAGCACCAACUGCUGCAUAAUCUCUGGACAUCGUUGAACCUGCCGAAAUCCGGGCUGCCGCUCUUUGCGCACGUCGGCGCCUUUGAAGUUCCGCGCUGCUUCUGGGUGCACAGAGGAGUCCACACCGCACAGAACCUGCACCUUCAGUACAACGACGAAAUAAAUGGGAUAAAGGAAUACCGUGCCGAUGGUGAAAUCCGAAAUCCUUUACCAACAACACCAACAAGCAUGUCAAUGUUCACUUCUUGUCAGCGCGUGCGUCUAGCCUACGACGUGGCACUGCGCUCCGUCAACCUCUCGCUUCUCGAGGACGAGCAGUUGCUGGAAGCGCACUUUGCGCUCGAUAACCCGGAGCGCAACACGAAAAUCAGGAAGUUUUCGAUCGCAACCUGGGGCGAAUACGUGCAAAUGAUGGAUGAUGAAGGGAGGAGAUGGGGGAUGAAGGACCUGUUCAAGUGUCUGAAAUGCUUUCUGUGCGAAGACCUCUCCUUCAAAGUGCCGAUCGAAGAGCUCCACGACUACUACGGGCCGUCCCUGGCGUUUUACUUCGCUUUUGUGGCGUUUUUCGCCCGGGGGUUAAUCCCGAUCGCGGUGCUGGGGCUGCUGUUGGUGGCGGUAAAUUUGUCUGUGAUUUUUCUAAAUUGAGGAGUCUUUUCCAGUCGAUCGGGUGGGAAUUGCACCGUCUAUAAUUUUUGUAAAUGAUUUAGCCGCUGUGUAAUUGUAUGCUAGCGUACGUUGCUCGUGUGACUAACAAUUCGAGAAAAUUCCGAUCACACUGCAAGAAAUCUGAUCCGACCUGCUCUACACUACGAAAAUUUUACUGAUCCACUUUGGUCCGCCACCGCUUGUGCUACUCUGCUUCUCUCAGAUAGUCACUUCGAGCGCGUGACCUAAAGCAACGAGCGCAGGCGAGAUGUGCAGGUGUAACUUUUAGUAAUCGUUGCACUUGUAGUUUAUCUUGCUGUAUUAAAAUGCGCUUAGCCCACGUCUGACAGCCUUCCGCUUUUUGGCAUCAAUCAUGCGCUUGAGGAGCGAUGGUCUUAUUCGAGCGCUGCGUUCCCGAAGCGUGUUAGUAAUUCGCAUCGGGAGCCUUCGCUUGGAGAAACCCCGCUCCGAGCAUUUUUGAUCUGGAGACACAUAAAUUCGUGUCUGUAGGCGCUCGAAGGUACUGAAGAAGGGGGCACAGUUCACAAUUUUGUUAAAAGUAAAUGAUCACGUGGAAGACUGAGUGAGUGCGCCUCUAAAUGUCGGCUAGCGAGAUCGUCUCCCAACAAAAUCCAAGCGAAAAAAUACAGCUAUCGUUCGCCCGUUCCUGGACGAUCACCAAGACUUCCCAGGAGGACAGCAAUUUGUGGCAAAUUCCCUCGACCGCGUUCGGAAUCUACAGCUGUUGCACGAGUCUGUGGUGCUCGGUUUUCUUAGCGAAUUGGCGGCGAAAUGAGUCGUUUUUGCGGAUCAAGUGGUACGGACUUCCGAACGGAAAUGAAAAGCAAUUGGGGUAUGUGGAGCCGCUGAGACCUCGGUUUACGGGCAUCCCGAUCCGGUCGCCGAUCACCGGUGAGCCGGGCGCGCUGCACUUUCCGGGAUCGGUGAGGACCUUUCGACAGGUGAUCAGCUGGGUGCUGCUGAGCAGCUUGCUGUUUGUUAGCUGCUGGCUCGUGUUGCUGAUCGCGAAGCUACGAACGUAUGGCGUGGAUCAGGUACAGCUAGAUACUUUCAGUGCACAAUGGUUGCUCACGUAGGAUUAGGAUUCGCAGUUGCACUACCAGUUGUUCCAUUAUGAUGACCAAAUUACCGAGUGCCCCUGGCUGAGUCCAACUCACAUGAUGCUUACUCGAAACAUUGUCCAUGCUAAUGCUGAUAUUGGAACCUUGUAGCGAACUGCAACUGCGUCCUUUCUCAAUAGAAAACGUAUGCGAUUUGCCUUGUUUCCUUUAAAAACAGUGGGAGACUCCGAGUCCGAAUCCUUCAGCUAGGAAGUACGACUUUUCGUGUACGUAUUUCCUCGUUUCAUGGAUUCUAGAACAACAGGUGUUUCAGUUCUCUUGCCUCACAGCAUGAGAACUAGCACUUUGAUCUCGACGAGGAUGGGCAAUGGUCUGGAAAGUUCUAGUGACCUGCGCACGUCCUUGGCGAUUGUGUCGAGGUCGCACAGCGACUUUUGUUUUGGGUUGAAAGCCGUUUUUUUGCUGACGUCUGUGUCCACCUUUAAGGUAUGUGUGCACUUCCCGCGUCAUAUUGUCAAACACCUGUAUCAGUGACAGCUUUUUGUCGAUUUAGGUGCCGCUUGACGCGGAAAUUGUUUCAGGUCUCUCCACGGUCGGCUUACCUCUGUGUUGUGAGGAACCGUAUCACUAUCAAGGCCAGACAAUCGUCAUUCGCUUCUUUUUUCUGUCACCUGCUUCCCACCAGUUUAGACCAGGACGCGCCCCCUAGCGCCGCUGACACCGACGCUGUCUUCGACACAGGUCGCCCUCGCCGCCUCAUCACAUGUUUGUACUUUGCUCUUUGGCGUCAUUCUGCCUCGGCGAAAUCGCCAGUACUUUUUACCGCAAUCCCGCGUCAUAUUGUCAAACACCUGUUUCGGUGGCAAUUUCUUGUCGACUUGGGUGCCGCUUGACGCGGAAAUUGUUCGGGGUCUCUCCACGGUCGGCUUACCUCUGUGUUGUGGGGAACCGCAUCACUAUCAAGGCCUGACAAUCGUCAUCCACUCUCUCCUUCACUCGAACUCCAUCGGAGGUUACCUCUUUCCUUCGGGCACUGACUGUCGAUCCAGUUUUCGCACGCUUAGCUUCCCCCUGCAGUGGCAUGGUUCUCUUCUUGUCUCGCCGGCUUUUCCGCGCCCGCCGGAACCUUCGAUAUCAGUUGGUGAUGCUAUUUUCAUUCAAGAGAGGAACCGUCCAUUCCCGCGUCAUUUUGUCAAGCACCCGUUUCAGUGACAGUUUUGGUCGAUUCGGGUGCCGCUUGACGCGCACAAUAACCUCGUGUCUCCACGGUCGGUUGCUCUGUGAAAUCAGAAGCCGUAUCACUAUCAACGCGACACAUUGCUUUCAAUCUUUAACUUUAAAUUUUUAGUUCACAUCGUCCAGUAUGACGACUCGGCUCUCAGCGGUUUUGAUUUGUGAUGCAACUUACUAGUAUCAACGUAAUGAAAAUGACAGACGACCCCUGACCACGUGCUCGCCGUAAAGUUCAUUCAAAUUUCGACCGGUUGGCUGAACACGAUCCAAAUCAAUGUUUUCAACACGCUCGGCGACACGCUGGCCCGAACGCUUAACGAGUGGGAGAAUUACCCGAGCCGGAGACGGUUUUGCAACGCACUGAUCGUCAAGCUUUUCAUCUUCCGCUUUAUCAACAACUUCAACGUGUUCUUCUACAUCGGUUUCGCUAAAACCUACGUGGAAGGCUGUGUCGAGGGCGGGCAGGUGGUGCGCGACGGAGGGGCGUGUGUUGAAGAGCUGCAGUUCAACUACGCGCUGAUUUUUCUCAUCCAGGCGCUCAGCAACGUUUGGGAGCUGUAUGGUACUGAUCUUUAAUGUAGUGGCUCUGGUUUCCUGUUUUUCUGCGAGACGAGCGAUAGAUUUUGAUUUUAAAAUUGGGUCUUUCGCGGUAAGUGCAUUUUCUCCAAUGAUGACACCUUUUGAGAUACAGCAUACACCGUUUCUCAAACAUUCGCAGUAAGUGUCCUACUAAGUGGCUGCAGUGAAUGCUGUAGCUGCGUAUGCUGGACAAACUUCCUUAGAUGUCUGAAAAUGUCUGUUUGCUCUUCCGAAAACAAGGCGAUCUCGUGAGAAAUUUACCCGGAUGUCAUGCUGCGCAGUACUUUCCUCUUGUGCAGCGAUGCCGAGUUUUCCCGUGCACUAACCAGCAAUAUUAGCUGAUUUUCGUAGUUUUACGGGUUCGGUAGCGUCCCAGAACAAGGGACUUCGGUUGAGGCGCUUUUUUGUCGUCUCCUGAUGUCUUCUGCUCCAUAUUCCUUGUCGCGGUGGGAGCGCUAAAAUGUGUAAGGUCACUCUAUGCGGCCAAACCACCGAGUCAAACCAUGCAGCACACAUUUCGAUGAACUGAGCACUCCCGAAAAAUCGUUCUGACUUCGCUGUUGAUCUAAACCUCCGUGAUGACAACUUUUGAGAAAAUGUCUAUCCGUUUCUCAAACAUUCGCAGUAAGUGUCCGAGUAAGCAGCUGCUCCUACGGGGGCGGCUGCACAUGCUGGACAAACUUCCUUAGAUGUCUGACAUUCACUUGUAUUUGAAAUGUAGAUUUCGGAUGCCAUGCUGUGCAGCACUUUUCCUCUUGCGCAGCGAUAUCGAACCCGCUUCGAGCACCCGUGGGCCUCUUGUGCUCUUUAUGGUGUUUCGGCUUCGGUAGCGUCCUAGAAAAAGUCCGCGUAGUCGACGGCGCAAGCCUCCUGCGCGGUCCUGCCUCAUAUUCCUUGUCGCGGCAGGUGCGCAUUCCUGGAUUCGUGCGCAGCAUCAUCUCCUGCUGCUGCGAGAAGCCAUCGCGUAGGGUCGCCCUGCGGCCAAACUGCCGGGUCAAACCAUGGAGCUGACAGAUUUCCAGUGCUGAGCUUCGGGAUAAACUAGCAGUCUGCCUUUCAUCUGUCAAUAAUUCAGUGCCAAGGUGCAGUCUGAGAGAAAUUUACAUUUUGCACUCCCCGCGUUCGUGAAGGUUAGAAGGUUUUAUUCUGUACCCUCCGUCCUAUGAUCCUCUCGGGAAACCAAUAGAAGAGUUUAGGAGACUGUCGCGCUGUAUGGCGUGGCAGUCUACCUUCACUCGGCUCAUACUACGUCGUCUUUCGAUUUUUCCCAUUCGAAACUGGCGCAACCUUGGUGAUCUACAGGUGUAACCUCCAAGAGCAAGAAGUGCGAGCAAGACCGAAAUGAUGACAACUUUUGAGAAAAUGUCUAUCCGUUUCUCAAACAUUCGCAGUAAGUGUCCGAGUAAGCAGCUGCUCCUACGGGCGCGGCUGCAUAUGCUGGACAAACUUCCUUAGAUGUCUGAGUAGAAUCUACGUGUAUUUGAAAUGUAGAUUUCGGAUGCCAUGCUGUGCAGCACUUUUCCUCUUGCACAGCGAUACUGAACUCGCUUCGAGCACCUCUGGGCCUUCUGUGCUCCCUGUGGUGUUUCGGCUCCAGUAGCGUCCUAGAAAAAGAUCGCGUGGUUGACGGCGCAAGCCUCCUGCGCGGUCCUGCUUCAUAUUCCUUGUCGUGGCAGGUGCGCAUACUUGGAUUCUUGCACAGCAUCUCUGCUGUUGCGAAAAGCCAUUGCGUAGGGUCGCUCUGCGGCCAAACUGCCGGGUCAAACCAUGGAGCUGACAGACGGUUUGCGCCGAAGAAGUGCGUGCAUCGUUGUUUUGGGUCCACUCUAUUUGCUUUUCUUCACUCGGAAUUGGCCCGUCGUCCUUGCCGAUCUACGAUUCAUUUUGCCUGCCGUGAGAGUGCUGCUUGCAAUACGGACGCGUUACUUUGUUUCUUUCAAUCUUUUUUCUUUUUGGAAAUAUGAACUCACUGCAACUUGACGAACUUUUCUUCCGCAGGUGCAGUGGUGUCCGCGAAGCUGUCGAGGAGGUUUGGUGGAUCACCAGCUGGAGCUGCCACAACCAGCAGUAGUGCCGAGACGACCGCUGCUGAUGAAGAAGGGGAUUGCAACCGCACUAGCGGCGCUCCUGCAGGACCGCAAGAUGUUGCCUCGGUGGCCGCCCCGGUUGGAGGCGCGAUUGCACAACAGCAGCACUUCUCGCCGGUGAAGCUUCAUUUCGAGACCAGCGAUAGCUGUGAUAAAUCGAAGGCAUGCGUUCCCAUCAGCACAGCACCGAGAGCGCCGGACUGGGAUUUGGAGCGGGACUUUGGCAGAACGUACGCUGGUUCUACGCUCGUCGCGGGGACCGCAUUAGACGAGCAGCAGUCUAGUUGUACUGUUGUAUCGGAGGUCGCAAGCACUACUACCUCCGUUGAGUUGGAAACAAGUCCGCUCAGGAAGAAGGCGGCCCCGAUGGAAAGUGGUGCGGAAGUGAAGGAUACGACAUCGAUUUCGAAGAAACAACACCCGUGGCGGUCGCUGAAGCUGCUGCUCACUGACAUGAUGGAUAAGCAGCCUUACGGCGACCACGAGCUAGACGGGACUUUUGAGGAUUGGGUCGAGAUCGUGGUUUUGUUCGGCGAUGUCACGCUUUUUUCCGUCGUGUUUCCGCUGGCGCCCCUUUUCGCGAUGAUUCUGGGGCUCAUUGAAAUACGCAUCGACAGCUACAAGGUACUGAGAGUCCUAUUUGUUUUCUGCGUUUUAGGGUUUUGAACGCGAAAGUCGCUUCGAGCUUGAAUUCUUAUGUCUAUGAUGACAACCUUCGCUGGCACCAGUCUGAGUAGUUUCCUGGGCCGCAACUCCCGGGGGCUAGACCUUCCGGUGCUGAGAAACGCGUUUAUUGGAGCUGGUCUGAUUCUGGCGAUUUCGUUUAUGCAGUGUCCUUAUGUGCCGUGGUGGGGCUGUAUGUUUAUUGUGAUAGACCAUAUCAUCAAUCCAAAUCUCGAUUUGUUAUGAUGACAACCUUCGCUGGCACCAGUCUGAGUAGUUUCCUGGGCCGCAACUCCCGGGGGCUAGACUUUCCGGUGCUGAGAAACGCGUUUAUUGGAGCUGGUCUGAUUCUUGCUAUUUCGUUUAUGCAGUGUCAUUAUGUGCCCGUACCGUUUUGGGGCUGUAUAUUGUAAUUCGCGUGUGUGCGACAGACCAUAUCGUCACUGUCGAUUUAAUAUGAUGACAACCUUCGCUGGCACCAGUCUUAGUAGCUUUCUGGGCCGCAACUCGCGGGGGCUAGCCUUACCGGUGCUGAGAAACGCGUUUAUUGGAGCUGGUCUGAUUUGGAUUUGCAUUUUUGGGAUGCGUUUAUUGAGGUUUUUUAGUUGUGAUUACGCAUGCCAGUUUGAAGAGUCAUGACGGUGCCAGUUGGGCUUUUGUAGCUUUCACGCACAGACAUUGUGGUUACAAUUCUGUGGAGCCAGCACGCAAGAUUGUAUCUUUCAGGGUCUCGUAUGAUGACACCCUCGCUGGCACCAGUCUGAUUUAGUGCUUUGCACCGCAACUUGCAAAUCCUAAAACUUUCUGUGCUGAAAAAAGCGUUUAUUGGAGCUGGUCUGAUCUUCUUUCAUGCUACGUAUACACCUGUUUAGUAGAAUAAAUGGUAAUGGAUGAUGCAGACCAACGGCUGACUAUCUCUCUCGCAAAAUUCAUUUGUCUAAAAACAGAUUUUCAAGUAUCACCGGCGCCCAACUCCGCGUCGCUGCGUGGGAAUUGGCUCGUGGCUGUACCUCCUAGAGCUGGUUUCCUGGUUUUCGUUGGUGACAAACGCGGCACUCCUCGUCUGGACGUUCCGAGUUAUCCCCAGUACUGCUAGCCAGUCUCAGCCUCCGGCGGCGACGAACAGCGUUGAAUCAGAAUCAAGUGCUGCAGCUGCACUGGGGUCCUCGCCGAGCAUCAGUGGGUCGAAUGGCAGCUCGAUCUUAGCAGGAGAAAGCCACCCUGAGCAGGAGGUGGGCGGCCGGAGCGAAGACUGGUUCAAUUUCUGCUUCUUGCUGUGCAUCUUGGGGUUGAUGAAGUACUCGUUGGAGUUUUUCAUCCCGAUCAUACCAUCGAGUAUGAAGACCAUCGUCAGCCGGCACCGGCUGCUGCUCGACCAGGUGAUUGGGGGCGGUAACGUAUUCGGACAUGAUGCUCCUGGAGAUGAUCUCGCCACCUCGGACGCCGAAACCGAAGUAUCGCAGUCGGAAAGAAGUUGUGGUCCUAGUCCUGGCGGUGGUGGUGCGGUAGAACUGCAGAAAAUGGAAGACGAGGAGGACACAUCAGACGGCGCCUCAUCCGAAGAGGGCGACGAUGAAUCAGCUUCUUCGACGUCAGAGGCAGCAGCUGCACCUUCAUCACCUGCAGGCGGUCCAGGGACAAAAGAGCGUGGACGGGGAAACGAGCAUUGGGUAGGCAGCAGAAGUGUCGUGCACAUGCGGCCAGAACUUGGGCAAGAACCGCCGAUUAAGGAAGAUGACGAAAACUUCUUUGUGCAUCUCGGGCACUUUGGUUACGAGUACAGCGACCUGUUGUAAAAAAAAAUGGAACUUCAUCAAGUUCAGCUUCAUAUAGCGCACCAAUGUCGGGCAUCAACGAACUGACUGGAUUUUUAAGUUUUGUCACUCACACUAAUUUUGUUUUGCACUGAUUUUUCUGGUCAGCUGGUACUUUUUGACUCAUCUCCAGCGUACGCCUCGUGCCUCGCCAUAAGUUCUUUAAACAUGUUGAAGUGCAGCACUAUAACCGCACGGAAAUCUCCGAUUGCCGCCACAUGCAUAGGAAGCCAUUGCUGAGCUGUUGCUUCUCUCACCGACGGGUAGAUAAGGAGUCAUUUAUCUAAGGCAGCCCUAGUGUUAGUUUUGUUUUUGCGGCAGCCUGAUAUUCCAGUCCUCGUAUUUUGCCUCUUGCUUCCGACAACGACAUCCUUUCGAAAAUGUUCAGCACCUGCUAGGGCGGUGUGAAACCAAAUCGCCUCCACGUCGCGAUACAUGAGGACAUAAAUCAUUUUUCACUUGCACUCCGAAUUCGUAUUGCCGAGCUGCAGAUGAACGUUG